AUGGCCGACCCCUUCGCGGACCGUCAUGCCAAUCCCUUUGCGGACCCUUCAGUCCAAGGCGCCCUAGGCUCCUCGCGCACCUACGACGACGAUGUCGACGAUGCCAGCUCGGCGUACAAGGGUGCGUGGGAUGCUUCCACACCCGCAACAGAGGCCGACACGCCUUAUGGAGGCAGCGGCAGCAGCUCACGGCCACCAGCGGGCGGACGUGAAGACGACCUCGCGAGGAGAGAGCGCGAGCUCGAGCAGCGAGAACGAGAUCUGCAACAACGAGCUGACCACAUUCAGAAGCAUGGUCGGAACAAUUGGCCAUUCUUCUAUCCUAUGAUAUAUCACGACAUCAAAGCGGAAAUUCCCCCUGACUAUCAGCAGGUUGUGCUGCACCUCUACUCUCUGUGGCUCAUCUUCGUCGGCACCUUGGUCAUCAACAUGGCGGGGUGCAUCUUCCUCCUCAUCCAGGGGUCAAACGACGGCAUCAAGGACAUGAUUGCCGCCAUCGUAUACUUCCCCGUGCUGUCCGUCGCAAGCUUUUUGCUCUGGUACAGGCCAGCCUACAACGGCUUCAUGAAGGAACACUCCCUCUUCUACUACACCUUCUUCAUCUUCGGCGGUUGCCAUAUCGCCUACUCCGUCUACAUCUUCCUGGGCAUUCCUUCGACGGGCUCCGAUGGGCUACUCAACAUGAUCCAGUCCUGGUCCAGCGGACGAGUUGUGGCGGCGAUUCUGGGCAUCUUUGUGACGCUGGGCUUCGCGGUACAGGGCUUGGGCAUUCUGUGGUACUACAGGGAGAUUUGGAAGCAUAAUCACGAGCAGGGACACACGUUUGCACAAGCCAAGUCCGAGCUGGCAACGAGGGGGGCUUUGGCGUAUUUCACAAGGGGAAAUCAGGUAUGA